CUAUCCAUAUCAUCGAUCUUUCUUGACGUUUUCUUCUCUUCUCUCUAUACGCACUCUCGCUCUCGCACUCCGUUUGCCUCUUUGAGAACACAUCCACCUUCCACCAUGGGACUGUCUAUCCCAACACCUACCCUGAUACUCGGCAUAUGCAGCCACCUUUCUUUUGCUCGAUACAGACGAACAGACGUCUUUCCGUUCUCGUGUCCGAUGAACGAGUCCCUUUAUCUCGUCCUUCACAUGAUGUCAGCGCCGGGCCCCAACUCCGUUUGGGUCUAUUAUACACCCCCUUCGGAAAGAGAAAGACGCCCGACUUAGACACCGACAUGUUGGCUCUUUCCCUCUCUUUCUUUCUCUGUCUCUUACUGCUCUUACUGUUGAAAUCUGGACAAACGGGAGCAGGGGUACACCCCGGCAUCCAGACCCGCCUAAUGGAAGCUGAAGAUACCAUGGACGAGGCCUUCUCGGCGAAUUGAGCGUUGGCAUGUCAUCCCCCCCGGGCUCGAAAUACCGGCCGGGGUGUCUCUGAAAAGUAUAAAAGGGCAGAUUUUGGCGGCUUGAGCUGGAUUCAACCUUCCUUUCUUUUAAUCUUCUUCUGUACUUUUCGGUACACUCGUCCAAGUUCACUUCACCCUUUUGCC